AUGGAAAGUGAAUCCGGUUCCUUACAUAACACAAACGGUUACUUGGGGGUUACGAGGCCAGAUUGGUCUCACAGAACAAGUGAAUAUUUGGACGCCUUCAAACAAAACGGCCAUGAAAUUUUGAUAGAAAACAAUGGACAUCAACAGUUAGGUUACGCUCCAGCGAGUUUUACAGCUGAAAAAAAUAUUCGUCAAAGUACGGCUUUUCUUAAGCCUGUUCAAAAUCGGAAAAAAUUGUAUGUCCUUAAAAAUACUAAAGCCAGAAAGAUCUUAUUUGACAAAUGGAAAAGAGCAGUAGGAGUUGAAUUAAAAUCAACUAACAGAAAAGUGACACAAGUUAGGGCCAGAAAAGAAGUUGUCCUGUCUGCGGGGGCUAUUAACAGCCCACAACUGCUUACGAUUUCGGGGGUAGGACCAAAGGAACAUUUAGAAAAAAUGAGUACAGACGUAUUAUUAAAUUCGCCGAACGUAGGUAGAAAUCUACAAGAUCAUCCAGUGGUCCCAAUAGUUAUUACCAGAGACAAAAAGUUUUCGUCGGUCAUCGAGAACAUUGACCCUUUAAAAUAUUUGGACCACUUCCCUAUGCCAGUCAUCGUAGGUUUUGCGGCUCUGAAUAAGUCACAAGCCAAAGAAACUAAACUAAGGGGGGCUCUAGUAGCAUUAGUUGCCCACGUCCAGCCAAAGUCGAGGGGGACAAUCAUAUUAAGGACUUCAGAUCAAGAGGGCAGCCCUUUGAUAUAUUCAGGGUAUUAUACCAAUAAUGAGGAUUUGGAGGACCUUGCUAAAUACGUUGAGGAUUAUGUAAGCGUAAUGAAUACAAGAUAUUUUCGGAACUUAAAACCAGAGAUAAUAGAUUUCAAAGUGCCCCAGUGCCAAGAUCUCAAAUUUCCCAGUCAUGAGUACUGGAAAUGUUAUAUUUUGAACUUGUCGAGCAGUCAUUAUCAUCCAGUUGGAACUUGUGCGAUGGGAGUGAAAGGAGUUGGAGUGGUGGACGAGAGACUUCGAGUUCGAGGGGUGAGAGGAUUACGAGUGGUAGAUGCUAGUGUAAUGCCGACCAUUACCAGAGGAAAUACAAAUGCUCCUACUAAAACGAUUACUGAGAAAGCUGCCGACAUGAUAAAGCAUGACUAUGGGAUAUAUGAAUAA